AUGUCCAAACGCCGCAGCAAACAGCGCCGGCGCCUAUCGCGCCGGGCAUCACAGGCCAGCCACAACCCGUUCGCACUGCUCCUGCCGUCGCCCAACCGCGCACCAUACCGGCACGUCAGCCGCGUGCAGAAGCCGCUUCAUCCGCCUCUGCGCCCUCCAGCCACAGCCUCAGUCCCGCCCACUGCUGCAGAGUGCGAACCGUCGGGAAUAGUCCUCGAUAUACAUUAUCCCACCAGGAGCUGGAGGAUCUCGCUGCCGCUGCCGGUACAGAUGCCGCGGCCGCUCGAGCUCCAGCUCGCACGACUGCCGGUUGCGGCGGACGAUGCUGAGCCCACUGUCACCACUAUAAUCACCACGGCUACUACCAUUGACCCCGCCUCCCCCGCCUCCCCCAGCGCACCAGACGAACCAGACGAACCAGACGAACCAACAAUACAGCUCCUCCCCCCCGCCACCCUGCAGCCCGCCGCCCCGCAGCCCACCACUCUCCCACCCGCAUCCGCCCUCACCACCCCUUCCCCCAACAAUAAGAAGAAAUCCGGCAGCGGCGGCGGCGGCGGAGGAGCAGGAGGUGAUAUGCAAUGGGAGCACGUAUGCCCACUAGUACUGUUCCGGGGCACGGAGACGGGCGAGAUGGAGAUGGGCGUGCUUGCGGCCGGAGCUGGAGCUGGAGGGCUGGGGACCGGGAUGGGGGAGAUGGAGUGGAGGAAGGAGCCCGAGCUGGCGGAGCUGGUGAGGGCUGCUGCUGCGGCUAGGUUUGCUGGGACUGGGAAUGUAGGGGCGGGGGCGGGUGCGGGUGCGAAAUAG